AUGGGAGACGAGAUUGGUUCUCAGGAAAGAACUUUCACUUGGAGUGUCAGUCCUUUACCCCCUGGUAAAGUACCUAUUGGUUGCAAAUGGAUUUUUAAGGUGAAGUAUAAUCCUGAUGGUACUGUGGAGAGAUUUAAAGCAAGAGCCAAUGGGAGAUAUUUGGCUGUGUUAGUGUAUGUGGAUGACAUAUUGGUGGCGAGUAAUAAUGAUGGAGCAGUGAAGGAAUUCAUAGAUGAGUUGGAAUCACAUUUCAAACUCAGGAAUCUAGGAGAAGCAAAGUACUUCCUCGGAUUGGAAAUUGCGAGAUCGAAGCAGGGGAUAUAUGUUUGUCAAAGGAAGUAUGUACUAGAGUUACUAGAUGAUGCAGGCUUUCUUGGUUGUAAACCAUCAUCUAUUCCUUUGGAUCCUACGAUCAAGUUAUCGUCUGAGACAAUACGGAAACCAUCUGAUGGUUCCAAAGUGAUUCAUGAAAUGGGAGAGUUACUUGAAAAUCCCAAGGUUAAUAGAAAGUUGAUGGGAAGAUUGAUGUAUUUGGCGAUCACAAGACCCGACAUGGCUUAUGCUUUAACCAAGCUAUGUAAAUAUUCAUCUAAACCACGUGAUUCUCAUCUUGCGGCUGUUCACAAGCUUCUGAGAUAUCUUAAAGGGAUUAUUGGUCAAGGCGUUUUCUAUGAAGCUAAUGGACAGUUGACGCUACGUGGUCAUGCAGAUGCUGGUUGGGGUUCUUGUAGGGAUACUCGCAAAUCUAUAACAGGUUAUGCGAUGUUCAUUGGUGAUUCGUUAGUAUCUUGGAGGUCGAAGAAGCAACACAUAAUAUCAAGAAGUACAGCAUAA